UCGUCAGUCGUCACCGGCCGCCCGGCAGUCACGCUGCGGGGCCGUGCGGGGCAGGUCACCCAAGGGCGCACUCCACACAAACGCUCAGUGGUGGCUCCCGCUGUGGCUCGGCGAGGAGUGAAUUUAGCGAAGUGACCGGUUGGCAAGGAAAUGGUGAUAAGAAUAACAAAGUGACAGUCGUAUGGCAAAAUUGUGUUCGGCACCAAGGCACAAACCAGAUUAUCCUGUUUUAAAUCCCCGACAUCUUGUCGGUGCCCCUUCUUGGCACGUACACCUCUGCAAUGUGUAUGAACAUGACACCUGACUUUUGAAGACUGUGUUCUUUGUGACAUAACAACAUCGUGAUUCUUUGGUUUGCUUUCGGGAGAAAUCCCGUCCUAGGGGCCUCAGUGCUGAGCAACCCUAGAAACCGCAGCUCCACCACGAGCCUCCUUGUCACAACAGCGUCCCAGACUGACAGGACGUCGGCAUGCCAGGCUCCGGUGAAGAAGCCAUCCUGCCCCGACGUGACCUGACCCUCCACCACGCGCCGCCGGCCACGCUUCCCCGAACGCACACCAUCACGUGUCCGCCUCUCAAGGAGGAACGUCGGGACUGGGUCAACUCCCUUGGCAGGUCAAGAGCCUUAAAUGACGACAGCUGCUGGACCGAAGACACCACGCCCACCAUGCCCACUCGGAAACACGCCCCACUCAGGUCUCGGGACACCUGGCACGGCUGGUCUCCUUCCUCCAGGUUCAGCUCCAUUAAGUUACCAGGAUCCAGGUCCAGGUCUACCAGAUCACAUGACAUGAGAUUCAGCUCCACCAGGUCCUACGACCCGCGACACUACUCCAUCAGGUCCCGAGCAUCACUGAAUCCUUCCGUCAGGGGUCGAUCCUCCCUACGCUCCUUGGCGUCACGAGCUUCGUCAACUUUGCAUCGCUCCUUUCGUCACACUGGCCCUAUCUACAGGGUGGCCACCUCCCGGGCAAGGGCAGCCAGGGAGUGGGCGGGCACCUUCAGGGAGCAAAUAAGCAGCAAGGGUGGGACGCUGCUCCUGACACCUGCCCGCGGUCGCCGCCAGCCCGAAGUGGUGGCAACACGCGGCAGCCCGACCCCCGAGCCAGCCAGGAAUAGCCCUUGGGUUCAUGCGACCCGCAGGGCGGCGUCUGCAUCCCGCACCGUACACUGGGAGGUCGCCAGUGGGUUGGCGGCCUUGUUUGAGUGCGGAGCGACCGCUGGUAGUGCAGCGGCUGUGGGUGUUGGGCGGGUGUGCUCCGCUGCCGCAGCCAUGGCCGAUGGCAAGCUGCAGCAGCUGCGCCGCUCCAUCAGUUCAUGGAGUCUGUCCACCGUUAAGAAGCCCAAAAUCACUGUCCCCAAAUUCAAAGCUCCAAAAAUCAAGGCCUUCCGCGGCAAGAGAAACAGAGUUGAACCGAAAGAUGAUGCAGCGGCUUUGGAGGAGGUGAAGGCAGCGCUACUAAAAGCGGAGGGCGAGGCGGAGGACCAGGGGAGUGGCGCGGCGGCAGGCGAGACGAGCAGUGAAGUGAUCCACGAGCCUCUGGUGGAUGGGUCUCAGGAGGGCCAGCCCACUAUAGUCCUCACAGUUCACGAACACAAAAAUCCACCAGAACCCCCCUCCCCGCCCCCUAGUCCAGGACUACUGGCCGUGAAUGACGACUUUGAGUAUAUUGAUAGUGACGAGGGAGACACAGACGACAGGGUCAUCGAAGCCGUGCGACCCGACCUGGACUACAGCGACCAAUGGUUCGAUGCCCACGGGACUCUUACUCGCUCUAAAGAGGACAUGGUUGACAUUCUUAAUGGUCUCGAUGACGAUCAAGUGAGUAAAUACUAUGACUUUGUAGAUUACACCGCUCCGAAACAGGAAAAGCCUGAGACUCCGCCUAAAGACAAGCCCGUGAAGGGAGGCUCGCAGAAGGCUCGUGAUUGGGUGAAGAGUUUUGAUGAAAAGGCCGAGUCUCGGAUACAAAAAUUAUUAAAAUUUAAUAAAUCAAAGACUUCAUCAAAUCUUCCUAAGAGUAAAUCUGAAAUUCGCCUUGAUCAAAUAGACGAUGUUCCUGAAAAAUGGUCAAAAAGAGACGAAAUCAAGCUCAACACUCUGAGUAAGGACGCGUCGCUCCAAGACAAGGGACAAAAGCUGACGCCGGAAAAGGAUAAAAGCUCUCGCAAAGAGAAUCUCAAAAAAAUAUUCCAGGUGAGAGGAAAGCUUUCCAUCAAGCCAAUUGUCGACUCACAGAGACCCAGCUACACAAACACGGACAUUCACAUUGCUGCAGCCCCUUACGCCCUCGCCAACACCUCUGCCACAGCAGAAAAAACAGAAUCUCUAGAUGUCUCAGAAGAUGGCCUUAACUGUACCUCUGAUGAUCUUGAUAAUACAAAUGAAGGCGGUCCCAGAAGCUCCACCCCUCAGCAGCAUGUCGAAGCAAGUGCUCCUUCACCCCCCUCCUCACCCAUAAAGCAAGACGCUUCGGAAAUAACAAGGGAGUCUAAAGUUGCAACGGUCUUGGAUGUGUCUAAUGACAAGCAAUUGGGAGAAGGUAUCUUUGAAAAGGAAGCCACUGAAACCAUCGAGACGCCUCAUCCUCAGUCACAGGAUGUUCUUGCAAAGGACACAACAAACAUCACGAUUACCUCUGUAGAAGACAAAACGAAUUCAACAGAAGGUACAAUGGACAGCAAGACCUGUCUUCCUCUGUCACAAGUUACUCCUGUGCAGGACAACAAAGCAAGUACCAUAAUCAAUCUUGCAGGAAACCAAACAAAAUCUAUGAAAGAAGUUACGGACGCUAACAAAGCUUUUCCUUCUCAGUCACAUGAUGCUCCUGCACACAACAAUGCAGCAGACACCAUGAUUAAUGCUGCAGGAAACCUAUUAAAGUCCACGGAAGAAGUCACAGACGACAGAAGCGGAAGUGCUCCUCAGGCACGAGCCGUUUCGGUACAGAACGCCACAACAAAUAACGUGACAAAUUCUUCAGGAAACCAAAUGAAAGCCACGAAAGAAGUUAUCGAUGACGGCAAGGCUUGUCCUUCUCAGCCAGAAGACGCUCCCGUGCAGGACACCACCACAAACAUUACUACUAACGAUACUGAACAACAAGCACAGGCAGCGGUUCACGAUGAACGUAAGCCCGUGGAAGAAAACAUAAAAUGCGCGACAACAGAAUGCAAAGAAACAGAUACUGAAAGCAAAACAGAUUUAUUCAAAUCUACACCUGGGGAAAAUGCAAACUUCUCUGAACAACCUGAACAAAGGAGUGUGGACGCACGCGAGCCAAAAGAAGAGAAAGAAGCACUUCUAGCAACUCAGGAGCCGAAUGGUGUGGAUUCGACUGAAUUACCCAAGACAGAAACGAAAGAAACGAAGAAGAGUAAAUUUUCAGGGAAUAAUUUCCCAAAAUCCAUCAAGAACUUUGCCGGAUCAGUCUUCUCCCCGCAGUUUGGCGGUAAGGCUAAAACAGAAUUAAAGGGAAACGACAGCGGAGACAAAAAGAAAAAGAAAGGAAGACUGAAUCCGUUCAGUAAAGAAAGUUUGUUUAAAUCCUCAGUCAAAGAAAAAAGUGACUCUUUAAAAGAAAUACCCCAGAAAGAAAAGGAAACAAAAGAUAGUGACAAGACCGAGGGAGAAAAACUGUCAAAUAAGAACAACUUUAAUCCGUUUGAGGAUGAUGAAGAGAAUCCUCCCUGUGACGAGGCUCCGAGCCCUCCAGAGAACAACAAUGACUCCGUGGAGGCCAAAAGGGAUGCUGUGAUCGUUGAGGACUCGACUCUCUGCGCCACCACGUCAGAUCUUCCGGACGUUUUACAUUCAAAUGGAAUCUCGUCAACUGGCAGGACUUCGAGAUCAUCAUCGAUCAGCCUGGAAUUUGUGUCUCAAGUCGAUUCAGACGAAAUGAAGACAGUUUCUCACGAAUCGUCUCCGGAGAUGGACUCGUCCUUCGUGGAGGAAGAUGGGCUGAGGCUGCGGAAAGAUGCCUUACUCGCCAUCAAGGCAAUGGAUAUAGAUCCUGACGACACAAAUACACAAUUCUACAGCUUCGCCAGCGCUGUGGAGGACUUCCAGGCCCCGAGGAGGGAAGAAGAUUUACAACCUACAGCUUCUACAAAAAAGUUGCCUGAACCAACUGCUGAACCUAAAAUCCAAGAGGCAGAAACUAAUAAACUCCAACGUAAAGAGGAAAAAACUACAGAAAAAAUGCAAGAAGAGUCACCUCAGAAACUUCGUGAGUCAUUAACUCAAGAGAAAGAAAAAACACCAGAGAAAAAGCAUCUAGAGUCACCUCAGAAACGUUCAGAGUCACUGACACGUGAGGAAGGAAGAUCAGAGAAAAAACAUGAGUCACAGCAACAACUUUCCGACUCAUCAACUAAUAUUCGUAGUUCGGAAGAAAUAGCCAUUAAAACUGACAGUGAAGAGGAAAACUUACAGAGAAAGAUGAAUAAGCUGAACAAAAGGAACAAUGAAGAAGUAACCUCACAAAAUUUGAUUAAUGGUCCCUCAACCACAGUUCCCGACACCCCAUCAAAGCAAGAAUCACCUCCACGCUGCGUUCAAACGGCGUCAGAGCCUACUGAAGAGAUUCCAAAACUGAAAUUAGAUCCUGCUACUCCCUCUGAGUGCCAAGAAGCGCCAAGGCCGAGCCCAAGGACUAAGAAAGGUCGUUAUGGCUAUUCCACUGUUGGAACGCGGAGCACGACGCCCUCAAACCGAGAUCCGUCUGUGAGUGAUUAUUCUGAAAACACGAAUGAAUCGUCGGCAAAAUCUGCCGGCAGUUCACUGACAGCUACCUAUCCUCGAAGGAACACCAACCCUGAAAAAGUCCCGCCAAGAAAAGCUGGAGUAAAAAGAACGCCCUCAGACUCAGGUUACGCGGGACCCGCUAGUAGUUCCUGUGGUGGUUCUGACGUUGAGCCCAUCUACUGGGAGAUCAGUGAGUCAAGAGAGGCUCCACCAAAACCAAGUCCGCGCACCAAGAAGAGUCACAGAACUCCAAGCGAUGCAACACCUAAAUCAAAAGAAACUGCUCCCCCACAAUCUCAGACCGCUGUUCCUGAGGAGUCGCCGAAGAAAAAACUACCGGAAUGGAUCAACACUCGCGCACCAAUUCCCAGCCCCCGCGGGAAAAAACAGCGUUCCCUCCAAUCCCUGCCGUGUGUUGUACCCGACGACAACAAUAUGGAGACGAUGAAAAAAAAACUCCAAAUGCUGUCCCGAGAGCCCCUCCCAGACGUCGCGAUCCCGCAAUCACCGCCGAUCGUCAAGAAGCGGGAGGAGGACCAAUUCUAUAGUGGUAAAGCUGCAUCUAUAUCAUAUGGGUUCACGCCCACCCGUGCCCCCCCGCCAUCGCCGCCUUCCAGAGUCAGAAAAGCUUCUCAAAUAUCCCUCCCGGCGGCCAUGGCGGCAGAGGAGGCUCAGUGCAGGCAACAGAAGAGAAGAUCGCUCUAUGUGAGUCCAGACGGGGAGGUAGCUCCCGAACCCCCUUCACCACGGCGAGCCAGACGGCGCACCGACCCAGUAAAAGUCAUCACGCAGCGUAACAUUCAGUCGGCGGUCAAGCGGCUGGGAGAGAGAGUGAUAUGCCUCACGGAGCUUCUGGCUGCGGCGGGCCUGCAAGAGGAGGCCACCAAGCAGAAGACAGAGGAGUUGCUGACUGACGUACUCUAUUCUGUGCAUUCUCUCAUGGGCGGCACUGCGGCGGGCGUAUGGAAAGUAGGCGGCGAAAGUGACCUCGGAGGACCGUCCACUCGAGGCGAAGUGCAUAUGGAGCAGAUCAUACGAGUGCUGCAGGCAGCCUUCCAGAUCAACCAAGAGACGAUAGACCGCCUACGAGCUGACAUUAGAAGCAAGCCGCCACCCGAAGUCAACCUUCAGCUGAGCAUUAAAGAAGCCAGUGAUCUCAGACCAAAGACAGUCAAAGGGACAACCAAUCCAUACGUGAUAGUGUCCGUGGGCAGCAGCAACACGUCUCACAGGACAAGGCUGGAGAAGGACACACUCAGACCAAAAUGGAACCAAGAAUUUACUUUGCCUGUCGGUAAUCUUCAGAAGGAGGUUAUACGGCUUGAGGUCUGGCACGAGCACGACCCCGUCAAGAUGAAGCAGGCCCUGACAGCAGUGAGGGACAUUAAGGGCAUGAGUCGCCUCGUCAGGGGCACCACGGCUCAGGUGCAGCACCAGACCUCGCACCUGCUCGGCCAGGUCAUUGUCAGUGUCAAGGACCUAACCGAGCGAGGGGCAGAUGGUUGGUUCAUGCUGGAGAAGAAUGAGGAACGUUCCAAGGAACGCGGAAAAAUCCACCUGGCAGGUACCGUGACCUCGAAGGCUCAGUUGGAGAACAAGAGCAGACAAUCAUACGAUGCUCUCCUGGCCCGCCUUAUCCACCACCAGCUGACCUGCACCAACAACAAUAAUGAGCAGAGUGAGUGGUCGCGGCCCUGGGACGGCCAUCUUAGUGGGCCAGGAGCAGCAUCAUUGGCACAGUAUGCUAUCAUGCUGGACCUCAGCGACGCUGCCCUCCAGCUAGCAUGGUGGAAAGUGUGUAGUCGCAUUCCUACAGCAGACGCUGUUUGGGUCCUCUCCCGGCUUCAAGAAGUCCAGGCUGCGAUAUCCAAGAAUUUGUACCAGGACGAGGAGCUUCUUGAGCUGCGAUCUUCGUUCUGCAGCUUCAUACGCGACCACACCGAGCGUCUUAAAAACCUACACAAAACCUUCCCACCUUCGUCAGGCAUUAUUGCCAGACGUCAGCUUACUUUCACGCUGAAGGCACUGCAGUGUAUGCAGAAUCAUGCAGGCACCAGGGCACUGCUGGAUUUGGAGGGCCUUCCACCCCUACACGAGAUGGUGACUUCGAGCCUCGCCACGCACGCCAAGAACUGGUGGAUGACAGUGAUUGAGGAGCUGCGAGGGGUGCGAACCACUGAUGAGCAGAUCUCCCAUGUGAUCAACAUCGUGAAGGAGUCCCACAGCUUCCUGUCCAUCGCAGCCAACGCUUACGACUCAAUCUUCAUGAAGGAGAUGAACAUCCCCUACAUGCAGACCACGUAUUUGAUGGUGAGCAAGAAGGUGAACCCGUGUGUCCGGCCUCUGGUCAUGAAUAUCUACAACCGCCUCCCAUCUCUCGACACCGAAGAGGAGGAAGAGACCGAGUGCGAGUACCGCCUGGAAGUGGGCACCUCACUCUGGGAACUGUACAUGAACCUCGGCCGCCUCUACCAGCUGAGCGAGCGUCUACCGGCAGAGGCGCGAGCAGAGUCUGGAGUACGGGAGUAUCACCGCUGGUUCUCGAAAGGCGUGUUGAGGUGGCUGGAGUUGGCAAUGUGCCGCGCUCGAAGCAUGAUCAAGAGAGCUGUGGAGCUGGACAUGCUUGAACCUCAAGACAAAUACUGUAAAUUCAGUUCCUCAGCUUCAGACACACUCGGUAUUUUCAAUGAUAUCAAGAUCUGGUGGCAGAAGCUGGCCUGGCCUGACCUGGAGAACAGUGCAGUCCUGCUGACCAAGAUCCUGGAUAACAUCUGCUCCUGUGUGCUCUGCUACUCUAAUCUCAUCCGAGAGAAGGUGGAGAGCAUCUUCCACCAAUACGAAAACUCUACGCGCGUCUUCAUCACAGAGCAAAUCUGUGUUGGCCUCAACAACAUCGAGCGAGUCAGGACAGAGAUGGUCAAACUGCCCACUCAGUUUGGUUUCAGUGAACUUCUACAGAAGAUUAGAGAAUCAGACAGUGGAGGCGAAUCUGCCGCCACCCAGCUGGAUGCCACAGUGGAGACACUCAUCGUCAGUGCUGCUGAGAAUACAGAGGCCAAACUCAACGAGUUCAUCGAUACUAUGCUAGACAAGAUGCAGCCAACGCUGGAGCGAGCAGUGAACGAGGCGUGUGAGGAGCGAAGCACAGUUCUGGCCCAAGUACUGGACCCUUCUCUCGAACUCACAAUGAACCAGCUCAACAACUCUAAUUUCAAGCGGUUCCUGUGGCGUGUGUGGGAAGUGGUGGUGGACAUCUUCACCGCGACAGUCAUGAAGAACUCCGAGCGGAGGAAGGCCAACUACUUCGGAGGUGUGCACACCAUCCUGGAGGAAACAUUGAAGUUCUUCUCGCCUCCUGAUGGCAAAGGCCUCGAUGAGACGACCGCCAAGACACCAGCCUACACGUCGCUGAUGGAGCUGCUGGAGAGCCUCAGGAUGUCGUCAGAAUCCCUCAUCGCCCAGUACUAUCAGGAGCGCUAUGAAGAGCAAAUGGAAGAAAUUCUGCCAUGCAAGGCGCGACUUUACGUUAAGAUCUUGUUCACCAAGCCUGGGAAACUGAUUGUGGAGGUGAUCAUGGCAAAGGACAUGGUGGUGGAGGCAGAUGCCUGCAGCAUUACUUCCCGCGGUGGAGGCCUCGGCCUGCACACUUCCCACCAGCCUGUCGACUCCUACGUGAAGGUGCAGCUGGUGCCACAAGAAUGGUUCCCGGCCACCGCCAUCCGCAAGACAAAGACGCAGCGCAAACAGGACCCCGCAGUCUACGAAGAAACUUUUGAAUAUGAAAUGAGCAAGACUGACGACGGGGUGCGAGCGGGUUUCCUCCUCCUCACCCUAAAAGACUACAAUCUGGGCUUCUCCAACACUUUCAUCGGGGAGGCCGUGAUACCCCUCUCCUCGCUGCCCUGCGUCGACUCUUCCCAAGUGCACACAGUCACCAACAGCUGCCUCACCAUGACCACUCCAGGCCUCGACAUAGGAUACAAGUCCCUUCGAGCACUGCAAUUCAGAACUGGGGACAAGGUGGCUUCUGCAUUCAUCAAGAAAGUUUCCAAACGCUUAAUAGAACCAAAGGGAAAGGCGAACACGAGUAUGGGAAAGUCCAACGAUGAUAAGGCCAGGUCCAAGAGUCCCAAUAUGAGGGAGAGACUCAAGCUGUCUUGAAGUCACGGCAGCACAAGAAUUAAAGAUAGUGCCAGUGAAGUGUUGAUCUGCUGAAGACCCCCAGACCAGGCCAAGAGCAGGGUGACCAACCUUAAUCAUUGGCAUUAGUGUAGAAACUCAUCUGACGAGGCAAUCUUUGCAAAUUGAUAUUUCUCUAUCAACGAAGAGGACACACUUCACCUCCAUAAUUACUCUCGAGACGAAGUGAUUCGAAAAGCGUGGAGAGUCUGUGCCUAACUUUAUUAUCUGUGAUUUGUGUACAUACUGAAUCUGCCCUCCGCCACCCAGGCCGCAGCCCGGACACGUGCACGUGCGGCCAUUCUGGGUAACACACAAGUGCUUAGUGCUGAGACGCAGAAGCUAGUGAGAUGUUUCUACGAUUUUCUCCUGACUCUCUUCUGUUGCUUAGCCAAGUCUAUUUUUUUUUUUUUUUUCGUAGAGUAAGAAAAUAUUUUAUUGUACAUGUGAUAUAGACAGACAUUUCCUGAGUGCAGUGUUAGAUUUAAGGAAGUAUAUGUGUGUGUGUGUGUGUGUGUGUGUGUGUGUGUGUGUGUGUGUGUGUGUGUGUGUGUGUGUGUACAUGUGCGUGCGUAUGUGUCACUUCAUCCACGGAACCCAUCACGAGCGGUAAUUUGUGAGAAGCUUUUUUUACUCACCGUGAGGUGUGGAUGACGAGACGUAAGAGAGCAGCAGGUAUAUGAGCAUAUUUUAAGCUAAUGCUUGCAGUGAUAUAAGCUCUUUUCCUUGCCAGUCGUUGCCAAAGGGACUAAGUAUUUUUGCACAUAAUUGUCAAGUUCCUUCUACAUAAUGCUCAUAUGGCAGACAGCCAAUAUCUUCCUCAUAAAACCCAAGCUGACCAGGAAAAGUGAUCAUAUUUUUAGAGUUGACUUUUGUAGGAGAAGAAAAAGUUACAAUAUUAGGGCUCUUCGUACUAUAUAGGGUAACUUUUGUCACUAUAUUUAUACUUCUUUCUCGUAGCUUUAAGGUUUUGCCAAGUUGAUCAGUCAUGGGUUUCAGUGUGAAAAAGAAAUUAGAGGAAGUAAGAGAGCGAGACCCAAUGACGUCUCGGUAACAAUACUCUAAAGAACUCUAAUAAUAUACACAUACUAGUCGUGUCGGCGUCGGGUGACUUAUGUGGACUUAUGCAAUUUCUUUCUUAUUGUAGUCAUGUCACCAAAUAUUGUAUGUACUAUUUUAUACGUUGUAAUAUAUACACACCAAAUAAUUAUGACUACUACUUUGUAUACUUUGUAUCAUGAUGUCGAUACCGAAUAUGAUAAACUAUUAUGACAAAA